AGAGAGAGAGAGAGAGAGAGAGAGAGAGAGAGUGAGAGAGAGCUCUACCAGGGAAAAACUGGCCAAGACAAAGGAUUGAACAAUCUUUUGGAAAACAGUAGAGAGUUUAUUCAGUUUUUAGACCGGUUUAUGAAAGUAUAUCCGUGACGCCACGGCCAGGAAGCGGCCAGGUUCUUCGGGCACCUGUCACUGCUCAAAAGCAUCAAAUCCCCUGUUGUGUGUGUUCCAGUGGAUGUGAUGCUUUAUGGUCAGCAGCCUGGUGAUGGAAAGAAGUGCAAAGGUGUUGGCUCAGUGACUGGAUGGAAGGAGCUGUCAGUCUGCACACAAAAUGUGGAGGAAGUGGAAACACACAGACAGCAAUGGCACUUUGAUUGAUGACCCCACUGUGGUAUUGUUGGAUGAGUAAUCUUUUGUUUGAGACCAUCUGGAGUAUCUUUGUGUUUUUUGCCCGUAAUCCCAUUUUGGGUUCCUGUUUUUACCCCCUCCCUCCUGCUGACCUUUCAUCACAUCUCUCUGUUAGAGCGAGCAGGUGUUGCUGUGUUGAACAGCCACAGGUCUCAUUUACCUUGCAACCCCUUCCACUCUCUGAACCGUACACAGAGACGCACAAGCUCCUCUCUUCCAAACGGCUGAGAGGUUGCCAUGGCAAUGGUUGUCAUGAUGCUGAUGUAGCGUCCUGAAGAUAGUAGUUGUGGAGGUAGUAGUGGAGCCGAAGGACGUGGUGCCGGCGGUGGCGGCAGCGGUGGUGGUGGUGAUUGUGCAGGGAUGGGAAGUGCUCCAUAUCCAGCUGGUGAUUGGAAGGUGAAAGGGCGAGGUGGCCUCCAAGAGCUGGGCUGCAUGCGCUGGAAGGUCAGUAAGCAGAAAGGAGUGGGCGGAGGAGGGGAUGUGGUGACUGUGGGUGUGGAGGAGAAGAGGUCCAGGGAUCCCACGGACUCUCAGCAGCAGCAGGAUCUUUCAUCCUCCUCUUCCUCCCUCAGCCCGCCACUGCCCCCUCAACCCUCUCUGACACCUCCAACCAUUUAUCAUGAGAAGCAGCGGAGGGAGCUGUGUGCCCUGCACGCGCUCAAUAACGUCUUCCAGGAUGGGACAGCCUUCAGUAGGGACACCUUGCAGGAUAUAUACCAGAGGCUUUCUCCCAGCACUCUGGUAACACCUCACAAGAAGAGCAUGCUGGGGAAUGGGAACUAUGAUGUAAAUGUCAUUAUGGCCGCCCUGCAGACCCGAGGGUUUGAGGCAGUUUGGUGGGAUAAAAGAAGGGACGUCGGCAGCAUCGAGCUGUCCAACGUGACGGGCUUCAUCCUGAACGUGCCAUCCAACCUGCGCUGGGGUCCUCUCCGGCUGCCGCUCAAACGCCAGCACUGGAUAGGAGUCAGAGAGGUGGGAGGAGUCUACUACAACUUGGACUCAAAGCUGCGUAGCCCACAACCCAUCGGCAACCCGGAUGAGCUCAGGAAGUUUCUCCGCCAGCAGCUGCGAGGGAAGAACUGUGAACUCCUACUAGUCGUCUCAGAGGAAGUGGAGGCGCACCAGACAUGGCGGUGUGAUGGCUAAGGAUUUAACCUACUGGUCACAACUCCACCUAUGCCAACGGGUCAAUCGCAGAAUGAACAGGAGACGAAGUUGAGUCAUGCACAGCCAAUCACGUGGGAUGCACACUUGCAGAUGUAUUUUUUCCCUCUUUUUUGGGUUCUGUUUACACAGCCAUUGCUGGACUUGUUUCUGAUAAGAUGCAAAGCAAUGAAGGAGGCAAACACUUUACAGGGAGAAUCACAGUCCUUUACUCACAACACCGUUAAGACUUAUGAAAAGUAACCAUUUCCGCUACUCUUAUGUUUUUAUAUAUAUUGACUAUUUUUCAAUGUCAGUUUUGAUCUGUUCAACUUUUUCCCCCUUUUUACUGUUCAAGUUUCCAAAGUCAUGGGAGUUCAGGCUUCAUGAAAAACGCUGUGUUUAUCAGUCAUGAUGUUCACUGAUGUGUCUUCGCGUUAAUUAAGUCGUGAAUUUUUCUGUGUCCCAUGUCCUUCACUUUCACCAAAGCGUGCCCUUCCCUCCCCCAGCGCGACUCCGCCUCACUCCUUUAUCAUAUCACGUCAAAAUUUGUGAUUUAUCAUGGUGCCAAAUUUAUAUUUUGUCCACUUCCCAAACACUUCUGGCACAGUCUGAACCUUUACUGUAAGGAGGUUGUCCAGACACGAGUUUUUUUUAUGCAACAAAGCAAUGCAACACCCAGGCCAAGCACUCCCUCUAGUGGAUGUUUGCCUCAGUUUCCUUUCAAGGAAAUUCAUUCUGUUUUUCUUUUUAACUCCUUACAUCAAAAUGUAAUGAAGAGUGCUUGCCAUCAAUGAUACUAAUGCAAUACUAACAGUUAUCAUCUCUCAACAGAAUUAUACUGUACCAUGACAUAAUAUUUAUAAAACAACGAUGAUAAGAAACCUGUUGUCUAAAUUAUUGAUAAAGCCAAGCUUGAAAUCUUUCCCAAAAUAUAAUAUUACAGAAAUUGGGCAGGCUUUGUAUUAUUAUACUUAGUUACAGUAUUGACAGUAAUCUGAAUCAAAAAGUAAUCGGCAAUGAAAAUUUGGAAAACCAUUAUUUGCAGUGCUACUUUCCAGGAUACAGUUGUAUGGCAACUGACUAAGCUUCAUCUUGUUGAUGAGGACUGUGUGAUACAGUCAAAAAACUUCAAGUGAUGUUCAAGUCUAGCUUCUCAAUAAUAAUCUGAUAAAUCAAAAUGAAUUAUUGUUAACAGUCAUCAUAAAAGCUAUAUAAUGACAUAUGUUGAAAUUUGUUCAUAUCGGCUACUCUUGCUUACAUAGAACCACAAUCAUUUCUUCACAAAAUGAGGGAUGAUACUUUCACUGUUUUUAUUUUACUUCCCUUUGGCCCACAGUAGUCCUCUGUAGCACAAGAGCUCAGCAGAUGAAGGGCAUCUUCUCCUCCUUCUUCUCCUCCUCUUCCCCCUUCCCUUCAUCUUAAAUAUUUCUUGUCAAACCUGCCGAACACAGCGCUGAGAGGAUAUCACAGGUUGUCCCAUCAAGUCAUAUACAGUCAGCAGGAGUAUCUAAUGUGAGAGGUUUCAGUCUGAGGAGGGGUUUUGUGGUUGGUCGUAUGUAGGGAAGUUGUCAGAUGGAGCACAGUGUGCCUGCAAAGAGAAUAAUAUACAGCAGAAAAAGAAAAUGAGGAAAGAGAAGUGUGUACAUGUGCAGCUGGCCAUGUGAUGUGGUUGAUUAUUGUGAAAUGAGCCUUAUGAGAGAGUUUGUAGCUUUCAAAUCUGUCAUCUUAAGAGAAACUGUUAUUACUAUAUGCAUUGUCUGUUUAUUAAUGACAAUAUUGGCCUUAACUUGUUUACAUAAGAAAAUAUUUGUUGCUCUGAAAGAUUAAGAUGGGCUGUGCAGUUUGACACCGUUUCAGGAGACUUUUUCCAAAGCACCAAUUUAUCAUAAGUAUAGCGGAGCAACAGCUGAAGCUCAUCAAAUAUGAUGUUCUCACUUUUCGCAGCCAAGGGCUUUAUGUUAUUCACAAUUUGUUUGAAAUUGUGUGAUUUUAUAAAGACAAGAUCACAUGGUUUUCCAAUGGUGUAUGUCUAAUUUUGGACUGAAACUCUUUGGUUCCAGCCCAGUCAGUAGACCUUUAAUGUCAUAUCCAAAUGAACUUGCAUUGAGACAUCAAAGAGCUUGUCAUUAAUUUGCUGAGAUCUUUGGACCCAAUCACGUCAUGAAUAGUGUCUCAAAACUGCAUUACACAUUUGCUUUUUUGCCAUGACAAUCUUUCAGCCCUUUCUACUUGAAGGAGUACUGAUUGUCAUAGUUUCUUGUUUUGUUUUGUUUUGGGUUUAUUUGUUCAAUUUUUGCAUAGAAAUAAAAUGCUUAUAAUGGCACUUUAUGUAUAAGA